AAGACACUAACCACCAAGCCCAAACGCCAUAUGUACAUGUAUUUCGUGCUGAAAGACUCCUAGAUCUCUUCUCCAGCUAUAGAAACCUACAAUGGCAGAUGCCAUCAUCUCUGCCAUCAUAGGCGAUGUUGUCAGUAGAGCGAUUUGUCUUCUCGUUGGGCGCUUUAGCAACCAAGAGAGCACUGAAGACAAGCUGCAAAGGAUAAGCCAUCUGCUCAUCAGAAUCCACAGCGUGGUAGAGGAAGCAAAAGGGCGGCAGAUCUUCAACCACGGCACCCUCCACUGGCUCUCGGAGCUCAUCGAGAGUGAGUACCAGGGCUUUUACUUGUUCGAUUCCAUCAGGUGUGGCAAACAGGAGGCCGAGCACUGUGAUCAUAAGGUAGAUCCCCAAGUUUCCACCUUGUCCUUUUUUAACCCUGCAAAGCGUGUGAGGGUUACUGGGUGCACCAUUAGGAGCUCAUACUCCUGGCGCUAUGAUUUCAGUGUUGAUGAGAUUGACAAGGUGCUCAAGAGAUUGCAAACCAUGUCUUGUGAUCUCACGGAGUUCAUCAUGCUCCUGCAAAACUGCCAGCCGAUCCGCCGGCCUCUAGGCACUAACAUCUUCCGUGAUGGGCAGAUGUUCGGUCGACAUGUUGAGAAAGAGAGAAUAAUCAACUUCCUGUUACAUGAGGAUGACCAGUCAACAGGGGAAUUGGGUGUGCUACCAAUUGUUGGCAGCAAUGGAGUUGGGAAGACAACCCUGGUGCAACAUGCCUGCGAUGAUGCCAGAGUGCGCAACCACUUCCCAGUGAUCUUGAUUUACAAUUUCUCUUGUACUUAUGACAUUAAAAAGAGCGAAGGAACUCCGAAUGAUCCACUGGGGUAUGUCAAGAGGAAUAGUUUUUGUGACAAGAGGUGCCUCAUGGUUUUUGAGGACGUUGACAUGCAUAGGAAGCAGAUACUCGAGGAGUUCCUGCAAAGCCUGAGAUACAGCAAGAAAGGGGGCAAGGUAAUCAUCACGACAGACAGACAGCGUAUUGCAAACAUUGGAACAGUGGAGCCAAUCAUACUAACGGCACUGCCCUGCCCUGAGUACUGGUUCUUCUUCAAGGCACAUGCAUUCGCUGGUAGAGACAUCGAGGAUAACACAAGGCUGAUCGCUGCAGGGAAAGAAAUAGCAAGGAAGCUGAACGGGUCAUUCUUUGGUGCGAAGAUGGUUGGAUGUGUGCUUAGGGACCACCCGGAUCCAAAGUUCUGGUGCAAGAUCCUGAAGAGCAACAUAAGGGGGAUGUAUCCGCUCGGCGACGGCAUUGGUUAUAUAUCGGACAUAGCUGGCAACUUGCUACCAGGUCAUGUUGACAUGUGCAAGGUGAUCAUUUCUCAGGACCCCUUUCCUCCUGAGACGACAGAGUUGGCCAGGUUCAAGGAUCUGUGCCAUGCUGUUCCUCAUGGAAGCAUGAUGGCCUGUUGGGCAGAUGACAACCGAUUUGCGAAAGUGUUGUUGUACAAGUCAGUGUUUCCAUUCUAUAAUGAGUACUAUAUUGCUCGUUGCUCUUGCACUUGCACCGUAGACUCUGCAAAAUCUUGCUCAAAGCUUGUAUCACCUCUAGUUUGAGAUAUGUGAAUUUAAUUAUUCUCAGUUUUUUAGUGA